AUGUCAAUGCCAAUAGACGCCGAAGCAUUGUAUGCUGCUGUCUCCGGAUAUGAUACCUCUCACUGUCUGCAGCUCUUGAGUGAUCUUAAAGCUCACAUAAAACGGGAUUUUGUAAAUCUAGAGUUUGUGCCAAGAUACUUUGAGGCGCUUUCGUUGGCCAGCAAUUCUCCAGAUGCAAACAUCAACAGCACCGCCUUCACAUGUACUAGCCAUUUGAUCAAACGAGUCACUAUGCAAGACCCUUCCAUACUAAAAAUUGUGGAUUAUCUGGUGAUACCAACAUUAUUAUCGAAACUGGAUGAUUCCAAGCAAAUCAUGGCAAGGAAGUCUCUGCUGACUUACUGGGAAUUCUGUCCUCAUGAAACUGAACUGAUUCUGAAAGACUCUGGCCUGACCCACGAGAACCAUACAAUACGCAAGGAAUGCUUGUCGUUACUUUCUGAGAUUAUCAGGUCAGGAAAGACGAUUCAGUUCAAACCGCUUUUGCGUGUGGUUGUUGGGAUGCUUGAUAUUCCCGGCCUUGGGAUACCUAGUGCUGAUCUGCUUACCGCCUUCUAUUUGAAGGGAACGUCUUCAAGAAUAGCAAGACAGGACCUUCUGAAGGAAUUGAAUAGUCAGAGCAUCUCCGAGCGAACGGCGAUAAACGUUUUAUUUCAGAUAGAUGCUCGUUUGGUGGAGGAGUACAAAUUCUCGAAGGAGAUCAAGCAUGAAGCUCCAGCAGAACAGAGUCAGUUUGUCAAUGCUGGUGCAGUCAGAGUUAGUGCCAGAGCCACCGGCGAACGCCAUGCACAAGAACGAACAAAAGCGAAGCCUGUACUGGCCAGUGUGCGCAAAGCAGCUGCUACCGCCAUCCACGCCCCGAGAACUGCACCCACCAAAGAGACUCCUAUUGUGCAUUCAGUACCAAAAACCAGAAUUUCCAACUCGCAGGCCCUAAACGAGUUGCUGGACUCAGUUAGUGGCUAUGAGAUGGAGAACAUCGAACCUGUUCACCUUUACUCUACGGAUGCUCUUCGUGACGAAAUCGAAGGCAUGUACAAGGUAUUCGAGGGCAAAGAAAGUGAGCAUAACUGGGAAGCUAGAGAGAAAAAUAUCAUCCGGCUACGAAGGGUGGUUCGUGGUCAAUUGAUAGAAACGGAUCCUCGAGGUGUUGCUAUGUGUUUCAGAAGUCUGUGCGAACAGAUCGGAAAAGCCGUUGGAUCUUUGAGGACAACUCUUUCAAGCCACGGCUGCCAGCUGGUGAAAGAGGCCUGCAUUUUCAUAGGCGAGUAUUUCGACAGCACUACUGUGGAGUUUCUGGCCAUGCCAUUGGUAAAACUUUCGUCGGCAAGGAAGAGCAUCUCCCAUCACAAUGCGCACGUUGGGAUGUGCGGAUUACUGGUCCACACUCAUUUCAACAUGAGGGUAGUGACUCAAGUUCACAACGCUUCUUUGGACAAGAAUAUGCAGCCCAGAGCGUACGCAGCAACCUGGUUUCAAAUUUUGCUACUGAAAAAUAUGGAUGAUAAGGCCUUACUGGUAUCCUCAGGAACUCUGGAUUUCAUUGAGAAGUCUGUUGCUAAGGGAGUUUCGGAUCCAGCACCAGCUGUUAGAGAGAGUAUGAGAAUAACAUUUUGGACUCUUCACUCUGGAUGGCCACAUCUGGCGGAAAAGAUCAUGUCGAAGUGUGAUAAUAAUUCCAAGAAGGCUUUGGAGAGAGCAAGAAACACUAGUAUUGCCAUGAGAAGUACAUCUGAUUCCAGGGCAGGAUCUCGUCCUUCAAGCAGUUUGUUAAUCAAAAGGUCCACUAGUGGAACGGCACCGGUGACGGGUGCAACAAGAACUUUCAGUAAUGGUCUUGCUUCUGCAUCUCUGACUGCUCGCCGUACAAUGUCCGGAAACAGAAUGGCGUCCAACCCCAAGAAACCAGCAGAGGGUGGUACGGUCAGAUGUGCUUCGCAAGAGAAGCCAAAGCCAACUCUAGUCGCUCCGGUAGCCCAAAGUGCGACACUGAUGCCUGAUAUUGUCGCGAAAGUGCCCACGUCUUCAGCUGGAGCGGAGUCAACCCAAGAACGCCCAUCCUCACAUCAGGAAGAUCUUCCACGAGAUGAUGCCUCUGUGAUAUUCGACUAUUUCACAGACAAAGAUAAAGCCAAGCAGAGUGAAGGAAUUGACAUGCUAAUUUCUUUGAUUCGAAACAAGGAAGACCUUGAUGACAAAUUCAUGCAAAGCUUUAAAGAGACCUUGAGUGAUAUUUCGCUGGCUAGCCCUGAGUUGUUAUCAUCUCUAAUAUCGUUGGAGCUGCUUCCAAAGACCUGCAGACUUUUUUUUGCCAACGAUCUUAUACGUAUAGCUGCUUUGAAAUAUGGAAAUGAUACCCAAGAUGAAUCUGCAGCAGCAGAUAUUUUGGUCGAUUCGAUUCCUACAGAGGACUUAUGCUUUGCUUUGAUCGAAACAUUGUCAUGUGCCGCAGAUGUAUCGAAAGUUCAAAAUCCUCAUAUCUCCUUGCAGUUUUUCAAGCAUCGUCAGCUGUUUGCACUGUUCUCAAUCCAAACCUUGAGCAUCCUAUUUGGAAAGCUUCCCGUCUUGGAGUACUUGAUGACGGACACCAUCGAAGCGUUAUUGAGCUGUUGGUAUCUACUCGCGGACACCAAGAUUGAUCUUUUAUCGCUUUUAAGCUUAAUAAAGUUUAAAAACGAGGUGGUAUUCAACCGGGGCUUGAAUAGCUGUGACCCUGCUGUUAAAUCAUCGGUGUGUGCUGAACUUGGUUUGAUCGCUAACGAGCAAGAAGAGGAACCUGAAGCCUUAUACCAGGAUACCACUCAAGGGUUUGGCCGUAUAGAGAUGACCAUGAUCAGACCUGGCAAAAGCAUACUCGGGUUGGACCCCGGCCAAGUCACAAACUCAGAUAUGACCAUGAUUCUUCCAAAUUUGAAGAACAGGACCAAGCCUUUCUCUGCUCGACCAUCUUUCCUAGAAGAAACUGCAGAAAAUCCGCCUCGUGAUUCAAGCGAUGUCGAGGGUGUCAAUGAUCAUGGUGUUGAUGACGCUUUUCAUCAGGUUGCUAAUACUGGGUACGAUGAGGAUGUAGAGAUGCCUACGAAAGAACAGCUUGAACAUCCGUCGACUCCACAACGGUCACAUGCUAUUGACACAGAAAACCUCAUCAACACAAUGGAGAAGGUGAGACUGUCUCCGAAGGUCGAAAGGCUUCAGGACUUCAAAAACGUGAAGCUGUUUCCAUCGCCUGAAGCAGCGAAAGACGUUGAACACAUAAUAAACCAAAGUGACCCGUUUUCGCUGGUGACAAGUUCUAGGGGCUCGGAUGCUAUUCAAGUUUACGAAGACAAAGCAGAAGAACUUGACUCAUGGUCUGGGUUACAGGGCCAGAUUUCAGGUUACCUGAACAAACGCAGUCCUCAUAUCCACCACAUCAUCACAGAGGGCAACUAUAUGGAUGUUUCCGAUCUGAACGUGGAGGAGAAGCUUGAAGCAGUGUUGACUAUCAGGCAAACCUUGGGGAAUGAUCACGCCGAGAGGAUUUGGUUGUUGCUCUUAGCCCUUUCGUCAAACAACUCUUCAGACGAGCUUUCGCUUGCAAUUGAGGAGACAGUCGAGUCUUUGGUUGAAACGAGCAGCACGUUGGUUUUCCAAAAGUCCAUCGAGGUUGUAUCCAAUGUCCACGAUGUGGCUUCCCUCAACUUUGUUUUGAACUCUUUGAUGCUUACUCUUGAAAAGGCUUCAAACGUUACUGUUGACCAAGCCAACAUGGUCGACGCAAAGGUUUUCGACUAUCUCAGUCACCCAGGGGCUCGUGUAAGAAGAGUGACGAUCGGGAUAUACGCCCAUUUAAUGGCAGUCUUCACAGGCUAUACUCGCCGCACUGGAAAAUCCGUUGCAAAUCACCCGCAUACCGACCUGGACAUCUUCAAGAAGUUCUCACCACCUCAACUGAAACUUGUGGAGUUUUACUCGGAGAAGGUGUAA